GUCGGAGGGAGUGGACCUGAUUGAUAUCUACGCUGACGAAGAGUUCAACCAGGACUCCGAGUUCAGUAAUGCUGACCAGAUGGACCUGUACGAUGACGUGCUGACGGCCAGCUCUCAGCCCCCCGAAAGCCGCACCAGCAGCUUGGAGCCGCCCCCCGAGAUCCGCCAGGAGCCAUCCCCCAAACCCAACAGCAAAGCCCCCGCCAUCCUGUAUACUUACAGCGGGCUGCGCAACAAGCGGGCGGCUGUCUACGUGGGCAGCUUCUCCUGGUGGACAACCGACCAGCAGCUGAUCCAGACCAUCCGUUCAGUGGGCGUCUAUGAUGUAGUAGAGCUGAAGUUUGCAGAGAACCGAGCCAAUGGCCAGUCGAAAGGGUACGCGGAGGUGGUGGUGGCCUCUGAGAACUCGGUCCACAAGCUGCUGGAGCUCCUGCCCGGCAAAGUCCUCAAUGGGGACAAGGUGGAGGUGAGGCUGGCCACCCGGCAGAACCUGUCCCAGUUCGAGGCGCAGGCUCGCAAACGCGUGCCACCGAGGGCCCACUCACGGGACUCCGCCGACUCGCUGGAUGGCCGUGCCACGCCGACAGAGAAUGCGCUGCCGCCCACCCGCCUGGAGAAGCCCCCCUCCAUCCUACCCUUCUUCAACCGCCCCCCCGCUGCCCUGCCCCUCAUGGGCCCCGCCCUGUGUCUGCGCAGCCGGGAGCUCGGUCCGCCACCCGCCCCUGUGAGCGAGGUGGAGUUCGAGGAGAUCAUGAACAGGAACCGGGCCAUCUCCAGCAGUGCCAUUUCCAAAGCAGUGUCGGGUGCCAGCGCAGGUGACUACAGCGAUGCCAUCGAGACCCUCCUGACAGCCAUCGCCGUCAUCAAGCAGUCCCGCGUUGCCAACGACGAGCGGUGCCGCGUCCUCCUCUCCUCCCUCAAAGACUGCCUGCAUGGGAUCGAAGCCAAGUCCUACAGCACAGGCUCCAGCAGCAGCUCUGCCAGGAAAAGACACCGGUCUCGGGAGCGCUCUCCCAGUCGAUCCCGCGAAAGCAGUCGGAGACACCGGGACCUCCUCCACAACGAGGAUCGGCACGAGGAUUAUUUCCAAGAACGGAACCGGGAGCACGAGCGGCAUCGGGACAGGGACAGAGAGAGGGACCGGCACCACUGAGACAGAAGUUGGGUAGUAAGUGGUUUUUAAAUGGACUCGUAUCUCCUCACCUCGCCCAGGACUGCGCCACCAAGGCUGCUUCACCCCCUGCUCACCACCCACGGCUCUUUCGGGGCACCCAAGGGACUCCCUGACACCUCGUGGCCUUGGGGCCUGAGCCCUUGCCCACACCCGCCGCUACUGCUGCUUCCAGGGGAGAGGCUGAAAGCCGGAGGGCCCCGCUCCACGAAUGCUCGGACCCAAAGAGAAAUGGUGCUUUAUUUUCACGGAGGAAGGUUCGUGAGCCCUUUCCUCUCGCAGCCCUCCAGGAGUGGCUGGAAGGGGAUGGAUCCCCGGGGGCACAGGGGCUCAGAGGCACAGAGCUUACCAUUUCAGCUGGAAGAGAGCUGGGCUGGGGUCACCCCCUUCGCUCCGACUUUCACAGCAGGAUCAUAGCUUCCAUGUUCAUCUCCCAAAGCAGCAGCAGCAGCUCUGGCUGCCAGGAGUUGGUGCGGCCUCACACGGAGCCAGCCUCUCCCACAGAGCCUUCCUUGUUUUAGAGGAAGCAGAGGAGGCAGAGCUGCAAACCCUGGCCUCGGGGACUGCGCGUCCCCUUCCCAGCAGCAUUUCUGCGCAUGGUAGCACAGCUGCAAGCUGGGACGGGUGGCAGGGACAAGGCCACAAGGUCCCUAUGCCCAGCAGGGCUGCACGGCACUGUGUGCAGCUGUUUCAAGGCUAGGGAGGAGCUGGCAGCCCCAUGCAGGUCCCUCCAGCCAAGGCUGUGCACUGGAAGAGCCCAAUGGGUUCAGACGAACUAAGGAGCCCCAAACCAACAGCCAGGCCCCGGGGAUGCCAGCUGCGUGGCAUCGCCUUCAGAACUGUUGCUAGACAGGAGAAACCCGGCUCCAGAAAUCGUUUCAGGCUAAAAAAUCACACAAAAGAAAAAUUUUAUCAAGCACCACGGGGUGCCAGCUUAGCAGGCGAACGCUGGGGGAAGCGUUUGGUGGGUGAGUUCUGUAAUUUUUUUUUUUUUUUUUUACUUAACGACACAAAUUUAUAGUUUCUUUCCAAUUAGUGAGGGGGGAAAAAAAAAAGUGCAGAGCGAACCCCCUAUUAACCACCCAGCAAAGCGCUGCCCCUCCUGCCCGCAGUGACUAGAUUUGUUUGUCUUUCUGAUAGGUUGGAAAUUGUGUAAUAAACUUGAUGACGUUGUCAGUCUUUUA